CCAAUCCAGGCUUUUGACGACACACUCCACUUGGGAUAUAAAAGGAGAGUCCUUCUUUCUUCUGGGCCCCCCUCCCCUGCGCCUUCCCCACCGCCGGCUCCGGCCCCCAAGAACUUCCAGCCCUUCUUCUCCCAAGAAGGAAGAGGAGGCAGCAGCGCAGGCAUCCCUGCUCCAUCCCCAGGCCGAGCCCUAGAGCCAGAGGCACAGAGAGGAAGAGAGAGGAAGGCAGGCAGGCAGGCAGGCGUCGAGGGGUCGUGCCUGGCUGGGCGGGGAAGCGAGGCUGGCCAGAGAUGCUGGCGCCCAAGGCUGGGGUCCUCUGGUGCGUCCUGGUCCUGUCCUGGGAGCUGGGCGCCGGGGAGCCCGGGGAGAAGAAGGCGCCCACCGAGGGGGUCCCCGCCGUGGCCCCAGAGCCAGCGGCGGAGGAGCAGCAGCAGCAGCAGCCGCCGGGCUGCCCGGUGUGCCUGUGGCGCAAACACAGCAAGGAGAUGCGCCUGGAGAGCAUCAAGUCCCAGAUCCUGAGCAAGCUGCGGCUCAAGGAGGCGCCCAACAUCACCCGCGAGGUGGUCAACCAGCUGCUGCCCAAAGCCCCGCCGCUCCAGCAGAUCCUGGACCUGCACGACUUCCAGGGGGACUCCUUCCAGCACGACGACUACCUCGAGGAGGACGAGUACCACGCCACCACCGAGACCGUCAUCAGCAUGGCCCAGGAGACGGACCCAGUGGUACAGAUUGAAGGCAAUCCACACUGUUGUUUCUUCAACUUCAGCCCCAAGAUUAUGUUCACCAAGGUAGUAAAGGCACAGCUAUGGGUGUACCUGAGGCCGGUUCAGCAUACCUCCACAGUCUACCUACAGAUCCUGCGCCUCAAGCCAGUGACAGAGGAUGGUAGCCGCCACAUCCGCAUCCGUUCACUCAAGAUUGACCUGAAUUCACGCAUUGGCCACUGGCAGAGCAUUGACUUCAAGCAUGUGCUGCAGAACUGGUUCAAGCAGCCUCAGAACAACUGGGGUAUUGAAAUCAACGCUUUUGAUCCCAAUGGCAAUGACUUGGCUGUCACCUCUCUGGGACCUGGAGCUGAAGGCUUGCACCCCUUCAUGGAGCUGCGUGUGCUGGAGAACAAUAAAAGGUCCCGUCGGAAUUUGGGACUAGACUGUGAUGAGCACUCAACUGAAUCCCGUUGCUGCCGUUACCCACUGACCGUUGACUUUGAGGCUUUCGGCUGGGAUUGGAUUAUCGCCCCCAAGCGGUACAAAGCCAACUACUGUUCAGGCCAGUGUGAAUAUAUGUUCAUGCAAAAAUAUCCUCAUACUCAUUUGGUGCAACAAGCCAAUCCACGGGGGUCAGCAGGGCCUUGCUGUACACCCACCAAGAUGUCUCCCAUCAACAUGCUGUACUUCAAUGACAAACAGCAGAUCAUCUAUGGUAAAAUCCCUGGCAUGGUUGUUGACAGGUGUGGAUGCUCUUAAACCCCCUGCCUGUCCUGUCACUCCCUUCUCCGGAUCCCCUUGGAUUCCUGCUUCAAUGAUGCACCCUGACAAAUAGCAUUUUAAAACAUUUUUGGAGAGAAAAUUAUUGUGGGAAAAGAAUAAGAUGAAUAGAAUUGUAUUGAAAAUCUCUGAAGUGACAUCUUGCGCUGUGCAAUAAUCAAAACAGACAUCAUGUUACUGGAAAGUGGAUGAGUUGGCUUGGAUCAAUACUUUCCUCCCUGAGGCAGAUCCGAAACAAGCAUUUUUCUCUUCUUCUACGAAACCCUUUGUUUGACCUAUCACUGCUCAAGCUUUACUUUUACUGGCAUUCUCUCUUUCUUCCCAACCCACUUUCUCUCUUGACUUGGGAAGCAAAAUAUGGUUCUAACAUGAAAAAGAUCAUCAUAAAGAGAGAAGACCUUUAACCCGUUUACAAACAGUGAAAGCUUCCUAGAUUGUGAUUAAGUUAAAUAAAAUGUUGUAUGGAGCUAUACAGAUAAAGAGGAAAAAAAGAGGUAAAUAUUUUGUAUUAAGAAGGGAACCAGCCAGCUUGGGAGAUAUUUGGCAUUUUGUUUUUUGGUUGGGAGGGGGAGGGAGAAUAUAGUCUGGGAAUCUGAGGGUUGUUGAAUCUGCCUGCCUUUUGAGAGACAGAAUCCCUGAAGAGAUGGGAGGCUCCAAAGAAAUGGAAACCAACAUCCAUUUAGAAUGCUUGCCUGAAUUGGCUGCAUGGUUGCAAAAGGCGGUGAUGGAAUGGAGGUGUAGUCUGUAGUUACAGGGGUGUUGAAAGAACUGUAUAACUGGAGGUUAAACUGCUGAUUCUAGCUGACUUGGAUGCUCUCAAGCAUCCAGGAUCCAACACUCUUCAUCUCCAUUGUUUAUAAAAAAAGAAGGAAUCUAACACGGUGAAUUCAAGCUACAUGUGUCCACUGAACCCAUUUUUGAAACAGUAGGGAAAGGACCUUGGGGGGGGGAAAUGGAGUCCAUCUCAACUUCCUUUCCCCACUUCUGAUGUAGUAUGCAUCACUACAAGGAGUUUGUAGAAGAUGCAGUUGGGUGAAGACAAAAUUACAUUUAUUUAUUUCAGCAACAGAAUCUUACUACUUUAAAGACCACUUUUGCUUAACAUUUCAGUGGGAGGAAUAUUUACCCAUGCAUGUAAAUAAGAUAGAACUAGUUAUUUGUCUUUGCUAAAUGCAGAACUGGGUUAGACCACCAGUUUCCUUUGGUUAGUUUGCAAUAUGUUUUUAAAACUGGGUAAUUGUAUUGUUGCCACUCAGCCAGGUUUUAACAACACAGCAAUCCUUGAAUGAUGGCAUGAGUUGCUUUGUAUUGCCACCCGUUCCAAUGCUAAAUCAAUGUAUUUUAUUUUUAAAUGCACUUAUGUAGAUUUUUACCCCAUUUCCUGACUUCCAUGACAUUGUUGUAUGACCAUCCUUCCACCACAGGGUCUCCAAUUCUGCCUCUAUGAUUUGAGGCAACAAGAUGGCAGAGGAGAAUGAAACAUAUGACAUAGGGGAACAGAGCAUUAAAUCACAGAAAGAGGGGAAUUAUUUAUAAUUAGAAAUUACAUUUACGCAACAGAUUGAAUUAAUUUAAUUAUGAAUUGGUGUUCCUUUUUUCAAGACUGUAGAUAUCCAGAUGGGAUAAUUGUCCCUUGGAUGAUGAAACAUUACUCACCCAUUGGCAAUUUAGUAUUUGUUAUUUUUAAAUGUAUAAUUUCCAGUUUUAAGAAUAGGCCUAAAAGGGAUGGAUCACAUAGGAUUUCUGAGAAGCUGAAGCAGCUUCAGCUAUUAUGUCUCUAACACAACAUAUACUGCCAAAAUAGCUUCAAACUGGUCUUGAUAGUCAGUGCUUUCAUUGGGUAUGGGGCUCAUAAUCCUGAGAAUAAAAGGGGUAGAAUUGGAAGUUGGUAACAAUUAGAUGGAAGAGAUUAUUACUAAUAACAGUCCUAUAACAACUGAAGUUUUAAGUUACUGGUUACAGUGUGGAUUUUCAGUUCAAGAAAAACAUUCUCUAAACUGGAACCUAUAAAGUAACCCAUUACCAGUCAUUGGUUCAAAUCUCGUAUGUGAACUAGAAACCUUUGGUAGCUAGUGAUCACUGUUCAGCCACUGUCUGCUGAAUUUCCAUUUGUGGAUGGAACAAAAGUUUGUUUUAUUAGGACUGUCAGCAGCCAAAUUAUUGACUAAGAUAGCCACUGAAAUGUUGCUCUCAUGGGCUAAAGCACUUUGACAAAUGAGAUGACAUAUAUAGUAGAUUUCAUUUCAUGCAAAGCAGUACAUCAUCUCUAUUCAAAGAGAAGGAAAAGCUAGAUUGAAGAAAGCUCCUUAUAAUGAAGAGAUGGCCCCUUACGGCACUUGAAAAGUAGACUACCAUGCCUUCAUUUGUGAGGCCAAAGUAUAGAUUGUAUUAAAUCAUAAGUCCCAGACUGUUUAUCAUAUUACUCCAGCUAAACUGUGAUGCAAAACUUGCAGUUUCUCAAGAAGAGACAGACAAGUAAGAAUUUUCUCUGAAGCAGGCAGUAUUAUUGCUCCUGACUGGAAUAAACACUGUGGCAUUUUUACUUCCUUUUGGCUAUUUUCAUAGUAUGAAAUCAGGAUCCCUGUUUCUCCAGAGUUCAGCUGUUCCUGCUGCUUUAGGGCUUGUUUCUCCACUUCUCUGCUUGGGCUGUCUAGGUAGCUGCUGUGUGAUAUGAUGCAACCCUUCAGAAAUGCCUACCCUAGGUCUGGAACCCAGGCGUGGAGGUGACGGACUGGAGGGGAGUCUGUAAAGAGCCAAGUAUUUAUUCAAGAUUUUCAGCAUAGAGGAUUUGGAGCCAACCACCAAUGAAUCUGCCAAGAUUACAGCUGCACCAUUACAUUAAAGCAGCUAAAAAUAUACCAUACUAUUUUUCUUGAACUGAUGUUUUGACAGAAGUAUUGACUAUGGAUAGGAUGGAUAGUAAAUGGGAAAGAAGAGUCAAAUAAGACUAUCAAACUAAUUGAUCCUACAGGUUUUUUUCAGUUCUAGCACUUAUUGUAUAAGAUUUGAUGUGUGAAUCUCAACAUCCAACCCAGUUCUUAAAUGCAGCAGUGUUUAUCCUUUCCUAGUUAGUUAAUACUCUUGAAUUUUGCCAUUUUACUUGGAGGUUAUUGAGUCCCAAACCAGUGGGCAAUGUGUAGAUGAAAGCUUGGAUGAAGAAACAUAAGAUGAGUUGCUGUGGAAAAUUUAAAGUCCCCAAUCUUAGCACUUCUCAUGGGUUUAAACCUUAAAUCCCAAAGAAGGGAACAGUCCCUUGCCCAAGACUGCACAGAGAUCAGCUUUUCUGGACCCUUUUUGAGCUACACUGCUUCUCUUAUUCUCUCUCUCUCUCUCUCUCUCUAUAGCACUUAUAGACUGAAGCGCUUCAACCUUUUAAGCACUCAUCAAAUAUGCCUUCUCAGCUUGUUGAGCAUACACUACAUUACUUUAAUGUAUUAACUACUUGGUAUAAAUGAAUUUGCGAGCAUAGGGUACAUAUUGGAUAACAGGUGAAGAAAUGGAAACCUAUGAGAUGAUUUAUGAUCAGAAUCCCUGGGUCUGCAGUGGCCUGGAGUUAUCUUAUUUGUUUAAGAUUUGAAAACUGCAUGUCACCAUGUGAUGUAUUUGAUAUUUGUAUUCCAUUUUUUCCUUUGGUACACUGAAAGACUCUUAUAAAGAUUUAAAGUCACAAUAAAAAACCUAGUAUAAAUGUUCCCCACAGUAUGCCACAAAGUUCCACAAAAUUAGACUUCCAGAAAUGUGAAAGAUACAAAGAUGCUAGUCAUAUUAAUAUCCCUAGAAGUAAAAACCCGGGGACGAAUGGUGUACUCCCUAUAGAUCUAUCUAACAAAAGUAGGUCCCAGGAAUUGGACAUUAUUGAUCACAGUACUUUUAUUAUUGGGGAAUCUGAAAAGUUGCUCUAUAAUAAUGUAGAACAAUACUGCCUUUUUAUUAAAAGAAAAGAAAUCCCUAAAUCAUGUGGUUGAUUGGAACACUUGUCUGCAAAGAAUCUGGCACUUAAAGAGUGUGACCUAUUCCUUAAAUCCAGAGGAAAGUGAUGCUAGUUUAGAUAUCACAUAUUUCAGUCAUUCUUAUUUCGCUUCCUCUGAAGUAUUGAAUUGCUCUGUACUCCUCUGCCAGGUAUAUCAGAACAAUAUGUGUUCGCCAGUACUGUUAUCCAGCACAGUUCACUUCAUUUUAGGCUUUUAAUAUCUGUUUUGAAAUGCAUUGGGCUCCCAGGUUGGUCCUUGGACCAGGAAAGAGAACCAAACCAAGUACUUGAAAAAGAAGACCUGAGACACAGGAUUCUUUGACAAAUUGUCUCACUGAUUUAAGGCAUGUCACUUCCCUGCUGUUUAAAAGCAGAAUACAUAUAGCAUAUAUUUAGCACAGUCUGUGAAUUAAGUAGCCCAGUUUUGAGUCCUUGGUUUCCCCAAAAACUGAGCUUUCAUUUUUGUCCAGUGAAAACAAUGUUUUUCUUGUUUGCUGACUGUUUUGAAAGUGUGCUUACAGUAUUUGCUGAAGAUAACAAUCAAAGGGGUCUUGAGUAAAUAUUUUCAUUGUUUGGAAGCCGAGAGCUACACCAUACAGAGCAUCCUGGGACAACUCAUGUAUCUUAGUCUCCAAUAUCCUUUGUUCUGGGAAGAAUAGAAUACAGUAUGAUAAUAGAGAAAGACUUGAGUAGGAUUCUAGAUAUAGUUGCUGGUGCCAUUUAAUGGAUCUAUGCCAUGUAUGGAUUUCAUUGUGCUGUAUUAUUUUAUAAAGAUUUGUGUUAGAAGCUGAACAGGGGGGAAAGUAUAUGAACGAGACUGGCUUUUAGCAGAACCCAACUUUAAGACUAUUGUAUUAGGAACUAUGCUGUCAAAACAAAAGGGAAUUCUGCUGUCUAUCUUUCUUUACAAAUUUGCUUUACAAAUCAGUAAGCAUGCUUGAGAAUUGCUUCUGAGAUUAAAACCAGAAUGCUUGGAUUGAGAAAUGAAUUUGACAAUAAUCAAGCUAUCCAGAUAAUUGUAUGUUAACCUGUUACAAGAGAAUUGUGAAUCAAGCAUGGUGCCAUUUUCCUCAGAGCAAUCUUCCUAAUUCUGGUCUCUUUCUUCACCAAGCAAUCUAGCAUCUUCAUUUGUAACAACAAAGGGCAAUUUCAUUAAUAUAUUCCACAUAAAUACUCCUUAAAACUCCAUGCUAACACGACUGAAAUCAGCCAGAGCUUUGCUUAUUUUCUGGUGAUUGUCAUCAGAUACUGAACUUCCAUUAUGCUUUAAGAGGAAAAUGUUCUUAGAUGACCUGCUAUGGCACAAAUCCACAUACUUUAUAAUACAUAACUCUUCUCUGUUGGAGACACAGAGGGGGUAAGUGCAUGACGAAGCUACUUUUCAUUAAGUAUAAUUUCCUGUUGGUGGCUUUGCU